UUUUCUCACUUUUAAGACACCGGCUACGCCCCUGGUUAACAUGUAUUGCAACAUGCUACAGUACUCAGCAUGGUUUAGUGCAGUGUGUCAGCUUCUGAAAGAGUUGCCUGGCAGCAUUCUGAACACACCUUUACCUGACUUACUCUACUGGAUAUUCAUGCCUGGUAUCAACAAACAUUAAGAAAUGGACUAUUGUUGUUUUCUUUUGUCUAUAAACAAACACUUUUGUGACCAUAGUACAUUAUGAAAAUAGCCAAACAGUAAUUUUUUAUACACUGCUUUUCAAAAUAGACCAAGUGUACAGGAAUAUCGCGAACCUGGCAAAACUACACCUGCACAAAAAUAUUGUGACGAUCAGAUUAGUCAUAUCCUGAAGAUCUUCGUUUGAAGAAUUGGUCUUCCAACAAACAUUAAGACGAAGCUGCCAGUUUGGACACGUAUGGACUGAUAUGCCUGCCAUUUAUUCUCACAGUGACUGUUAAGCUGACGUGAAUAUCCUCAGUUCAACCAACUCUCCAGGCAGAUUCCAGUUCUGAAGAAAAUGGAGGAAACGUCCUCAGAGGUCUCAAUUGAUCAUCCACCUAAUCUCAACAAUGGAACAGUAACAUCUGACUCACAGUUACAAAAAGUUUCUGAACUGAAAUCAUCUCCAGAACCCAGCACUGUGUCACUGAGGCAUGACUCCAUUGUUUCACCACCUGAUCUCAAGUGUAAACGUAACAUGACUGAAGACCUGCAGCAGAAUUUCCAUCAACCUGUUGAUGAUGUUCUGCAGAGAGCCAAAGACCAACACAAAACCAGUAUGAAGAACAAGUAUAAGAGUUUAUUUGAGGGAAUCAAACAACGAGAGAAUCAAACCCUCCUUAAUAGGAUUUACACACAGCUGUACAUCAUAGAGGGAGAGAGUGAAGGAGUGAAUGAAGAACAUGAGGCUUUACACAUGGAGAAAAAACACAGAACACAACACUUACAAGACAAAACAAUCUACUGCAAUGACAUCUUUAAAUCUUUACCUGAUCCAGAAGAUAAAACGAAGAAAAGAAGAUGUAAAGACAAAAUCAAGAGUGUUCUUACUAAAGGCAUCGCUGGAAUUGGUAAAACCGUCUCUGUGCAGAAGUUCAUUCUGGAUUGGGCUGAGGGAACAGCCAAUCAGGAUGUAGAUUUCAUGUUUGUGCUUUCGUUUCGAGAGCUGAACUUGAUUCAAAAUGAUGAACAGUACAGUCUUCACAAACUUCUGCUUGACUUUUAUCCUGAACUUCAAGAUUUGGACUCAAAGGUUUAUGAUGAGUGUAAAGUUGUGUUCAUCUUUGAUGGUCUGGAUGAAAGCAGAAUGACACUGUUGUUUUCAGACAGUGAGAAAGUUUCAGAAGCGACUCAGACUUCAUCAGUGCCUGUGUUGAUGUCAAACCUGAUCAAAGGAGAUCUGCUUCCUUCUGCUCUCAUCUGGAUCACCUCCAGACCAGCAGCAGCCAAUCAGAUCCCAUCUAAAUACUUCAACCGUUGGACAGAAAUCCAGGGAUUCAAUGACGCUCAAAAGGAGGAAUAUUUCAGGAAGAGAAUCUGUGAUGAAGAUCAAGCCAGCAGAAUCAUCUCACACGUUAAAAGGUCAAGAAGCCUACACAUCAUGUGUCACAUACCGGUCUUCUGUUGGAUCUCAUCCACUGUGCUUCAAAACAUCCUGAAACAAGACAACAAGAGAGCAGAAAUCCUGAAAACUCUGACUGAAAUGUACAUCCACUACCUCCUGAUUCAGAUGAACAUGAAGAAUGAGAAGUAUGAUGAGAGAGAUCCAGAGAAACUUCUGCAGUCCAACAGAGAAGGGAUUGUCAAACUGUCUGAACUGGCUUUCAAACAGCUGAUGAAGGGUAAUGUGAUGUUUUAUGAGGAGGAACUGAGAGAUUGUGGGAUAAACAUCACGGAUGCCUCAGUAUAUUCUGGGAUCUGUACUGAGAUCUUUAAGGAGGAAUCUGUGAUACAUCAGAGGAAAAUCUUCUGCUUCAUACAUCUCAGCUUUCAGGAGUUUCUGGCUGCUUUCUAUGUGUUUUACUGCUAUUUAGAAAAGAACAUCAAAUCACUGCAUUUGCUUCUGAAGUUGGAAUAUGAUUCUGAAAAUAAGCAAAGGUCUGAGCAAAUCUCUCUGUCUCAGCUAUUACAUUCAGCAGUAGAUAAAGCCGUUCAAAGUGAUAAUGGACAUUUGGAUCUUUUCCUGCGAUUCCUGCUGGGCAUCUCACUGGAGUACAAUCAGGGACUCAUACAGGAUCUACUGACACACACAGUGGAGACCUCAGAAACCAUCAGUGAAAUCACACAGUACAUUAAAAAUAAAAUCAAGGAUGAUUUUGAUCUCUUAGCUGACAGAUCCAUCAAUCUGUUUCUCUGUCUGCUUGAAGUGAAUGAUCAGACUCUGUGCGAAGAGAUUGUGAAGUUUGUGACGUCAGAGAAACACUCAAAGAAGGAACUCUCUGCUGCUCACUGUUCAGCAAUUAACUUUAUGAUUCAGAUGCUAGAGGAGGUUAAAAGAAAACUACCUGUCAGCAGCAGCACAAAUGCACUUCUACAGAAGUGUAAUGCAAAAUGCAUAUGUUGGGGAGGUUCGUGUUCACCUUCAACACCUUGAGAUAACUGGACCUGAGUAACAAUUACCUGGAGGAAAACCAUUCUCUGAUGCUCUCAAUAGUCAACACCCCAAACUACAUGCGUAAGGCAAUGCAUAUCAGGACUACAUUAUAAAUAUAUAAAACCAUAUAUAGAACUAUAAUUCCUCUCUCUGUGACUUACUUCAACAUUGUGUCAAUGUACUGUAGUAACACUAGGGGACACCUCUGAUAUCUUCUGCCGACCACUCUGCGCAGCGCUGUAGGUAGUCGAAAACACCUCAUCUGCAGAAAAAGCGCUGUUUAACAACAGCAAUUUACUAAAAACUACUGACGAAAUCGUAAUAACUCCAAAUGUUUGUGCUGCUAUUCAUAGUGUGUGAACAUUUUAUAUUUCAUGCAAAACAAAAAAUAUGCUGUUAAAAUUGUCUACCCAGUGGCGAGGACAGAAAUUUUAAACUUAAUGGACCUCGGUGAAAUAGGUUGGACCUUAAAGGUAUAGCGGAAGAUUUUCCCGAAUUAUUUAAAAGAACCGGCCCUCGAUAUUUAAAAAAAAAAUGCUCCCGAGAGGGAACGCCUGUUAAACGCGUGCACGAGACAGAGAGAGAGAGCGUGCAGGAGCUCAGUUCUUCUCUUCGCUCUGUUUACAAGUUUCUGUCGGCAUUUACCGUGU